AUGGACAGGCACACCUGCAAGCUCUGCUUCCGGCGGUUCCACAAUGGCCGCGCGCUGGGCGGCCACAUGCGCUCCCACGUCAUGGCCGCGUCGGCUGCUGCAGCGUACUCGUCGCUGCGGUCGCGGCAGCAAUCGCCGCCACUCUCCCCUUCCCUGGCGUCUACUUCGUCGACAGAGAUGGGCGACGACAAGCCGGCGGCGCAGCAGGAGCCACCACCGACGCCGUGCGUUGUACGCGAAGGCACCAAGAAGAGGUUCGACGACUCCCCUGGACUGUCCGGCGGCAGGGCGGCCCGCGGCGAGUCGUCGGUCGUGCAGGACGGGGAGAGCGACACGGAGUCGUCGUCCCCGCGGUUCGCCGUCGUGAGCCGGCGCCGCUCGAAGCGGGCGCGCCGGCGCGCGCCGCCACCGCCACCGGCGGCGGUGGCGUCGUCCGAUCCCAAGCAAGAGCAGCCAGCUGCGAGCAGCGUCUCCGACGCGACGCCGGUGGAGGACGUGGCCAUGUCCCUCGUGAUGCUGUCUCGGGACUCAUGGACGCGGUCCAGCAGAUCCGGCCGGGGCGGCCCGGCGAGCUCGGAGGCGGCCGAGCAGAACAAAGACGACGACGACGGCACCGUCCGCUCGUUUGUCGGCGCCAGCGCGGACGACGGCGCCGAUCAUCAUGAGCACGACGACGACGUCGCGCGCCCGCCGCGCGGCGGCAGGCACCACCAGUGCGGCGUGUGCAGGAAGGUGUUCCGGUCGUACCAGGCGCUCGGCGGCCACCGCGCCAGCAUCAAGAAAGGCAAGGGCGGGUGCGUGCCGGUGGCAGUGCCGCCUCCCGCCGCGCUGCCGUCGUCGUCCAAGGCUCACCGCGCCGCCGAGAACAACGCCCCGGCGGCGGUCCACGAGUGCCCGUUCUGCUUCCGCGUGUUCGAGUCCGGACAGGCCCUGGGCGGCCACAAGCGCGCGCACAUGCCGUACGCCGCCGCCGCCGCCACCGGCGCGCCCGCCCCGCCGACGACCCCGUCCCCACGGACGCCCGCAGCGAAAUGCGGCGACAGCUCCGGGUCCUUCGAUCUCAACGUGCCGGCCGCCGCGACGGACGACGACUUCGAGCUCUCCGCCGUGUACGACACCGAGUUCGGCGGCGCCAGACAGUGA